AGAAUGGAACAAAUGGAAGGAUAUUGAUUUCAUUUCAUUAGAAAAGCUAAGCUUAGAACAGAGAAACCGAUGCACAAUAUAUCAGAUACGCCAUCGUCUUCAAUGUUUAGCAAUUUCCCACUCAUUUCCGCCAUCGUUGCUUUCGCCAUCGCUCAAUCCAUUAAAUUCCUCACCGUCUGGUAUAAGGAAAAAAGAUGGGAUCCAAAACAAUUAGUUGGAUCUGGUGGAAUGCCAUCUUCUCAUUCAUCUACUGUCACUGCUCUUGCUACAGCAGUUGGGUUUCAUGAUGGAUUUGGAGGACCAACUUUUGCCAUUGCAUUGAUUCUAGCUUGCAUUGUGAUGUAUGAUGCUACUGGUGUAAGAUUGCAAGCAGGACGUCAAGCAGAGGUUCUGAACCAAAUUGUAAUUGAACUUCCUGCUGAACAUCCUCUGGCCGAAAGCAGACCGCUUCGUGAACUUCUUGGGCAUACCCCACCUCAGGUCGUUGCCGGUAGUUUUCUUGGAUUCAUAACAGCAACUAUUGGGCAUCUAAUAACCAUGGCUGGCAGAUAAAAUAGAGGAUUCCUUUGUCAGCAUCCUUAAGGGCCACUGUAUAAAAAUCAGAGAAACAGUAAAUCUCUAGUUUUGAGCCUUGUUCACCCAGAAAAGUCUAAUAUGUGCACAUUCCUUUUGAUUUGAGCCUACAUUCAUUUAACCUUCAUGUCAGCAUUGGCGAUCAAAAAUUGAGUUGUAUUGAUUAUUACACCAUUUGAUUUGAUGUAAUGUAUCUGUCUUAUGGGAAUCAUUUAAAAGCCAUAGCACUUGCCUAUUGCAAUGUUUGACACAUUAAUGUUAGAAAGGAUUUAUUUAUUCUAUUACUUCUAGUCUGUUACCUUGGAUAUAUGUAGCUCUUCUGUGAUAUAAGAACUCUUUUCCUUUCAUUGCAAA